UGGGCACCUGGGCUGGUGCUGAGGCUCGGAGCGGCUCGGGCUGGGGGCGAGAGAGGAGCGAUGGAGGGCGACAGCGGGGUCCCGUGGGCUCUGGGGCUGCUGCGCACCUUCGACGCGAAGGAGUUCGCGAGUUGGGAGAAAGUCGGCUCCGGCGGCUUCGGGCAGGUGUACAAGGUGCGCCAUGUCCACUGGAAGACGUGGCUCGCCAUCAAGUUGUCGUCGUCGAGAACUCUGCACGUUGACGACGGGGAGCGGCUGGAGCUUCUGGAAGAAGCCAAGAAAAUGGAGAUGGCCAAGUUCCGAUACAUCUUGCCAGUGUAUGGUAUUUGCCAAGAUCCCAUGGGCCUGGUCAUGGAGUUCAUGGAGACCGGCUCCCUGGAGAAGCUGCUGGCCUCUGAGCCGUUGCCGUGGGACCUGCGCUUCCGCAUCAUCCACGAGACCGCCGUGGGCAUGAACUUCCUGCACUGCAUGUCCCCGCCGCUGCUGCACCUGGACCUGAAGCCUGCGAACAUCCUGCUGGACGCCCACUACCACGUCAAGAUUUCCGACUUCGGGCUGGCCAAGUGCAAUGGGCUGUCCCGGGACUUCGGCGUGGACGGCGUGUGCGGCACCGUCGCCUACCUGCCUCCAGAGCGCUUCGGAGAGGAGGGCCAGCUCUUCGACACCAAGCACGACGUGUACAGCUUCGCCAUCGUCAUCUGGAGCGUGCUGACGCAGAAGAAGCCGUUUGAAGAUGACAGAAACUUCCUGCACAUCAUGAUGAAAGUGUCAAAGGGCCACCGCCCGGAGCUGCCGCCCGUCUGCAGAGCCAGGCCGCGCGGCUGCAGCAAGCUCUUGCACCUCAUGCAAAGGUGCUGGCACGGGGACCCACGCGAGCGGCCCACCUUCCAAGAAAUCACUUCCGAAACCGAGGAUCUGUGUGAUAAGCCCGAUGAGGAGGUGAAAGAAACAACUCAAGAUCCAGAUGCAAAAGACCCUCCGGAGCCCAAGAGUGAGGCACCAGUGUCCACGCUCAAGCGAGCCUCGGCCCCGGCCUUCGAUAAGGACUACAGCCUGUCCGAGCUGCUGUCGCAGCUGGACUCGGGCAUCUCCCAGACGCUCGAGGGCCCGGACGAGCUCAGCCGCAGCUCCUCCGAGUCCAAGCUUCCGUCAGCGAACAGCGACAAGCGGCUGUCGGGGGUGUCCUCCGUCGACUCUGCCUUCUCCUCCAGAGGGUCCCUGUCGCUGUCUUUCGAGCGGGAACCUUCCACAGGCGACCUCGGCACCACCGACAUCCAGAGGAAGAAGCUGGUGGACGCCGUUGUGAGUGGGGACACCAGCCGGCUGAUGAAGAUCCUGCAGCCGCAGGACGUCGACCUGGUCCUGGAGGGCGGCGGCAGCCUGCUGCACCUGGCCGUGGAGGCCGGGCAGGAGGAGUGCGUCAAGUGGCUGCUCCUCAACAACGCCAACCCCAACCUGACCAACAGGAAGGGCUCCACCCCCCUGCACCUGGCCGUGGAGAAGAGGGUGCGGGGCGUGGUGGAGCUCCUGCUGGCCCGGAAGAUCAGCGUCAACGCCACGGACGAGGACCAGUGGACGGCCCUCCACUUCGCGGCCCAGAAUGGAGAUGAGGGCAGCACGAGGCUGCUGCUGGAGAGGAACGCCUCCAUCAACGAGGCGGACUUUGAGGGCCGCACGCCCAUGCACGUGGCCUGCCAGCACGGGCAGGAGAGCGUGGUGCGCAUCCUGCUGCGCCGCGGGGUUGACGUGGGCCUGCAGGGGAAGGACGCCUGGCUGCCGCUGCACUACGCCGCCUGGCAGGGCCACCUGCCCAUCGUCAAGCUGCUGGCCAAGCAGCCGGGGGUGAGCGUGAACGCCCAGACGCUGGACGGGAGGACGCCCCUGCACCUGGCCGCCCAGCGAGGGCACUACCGCGUGGCCCGCAUCCUCAUCGACCUGAACUCCGACGUCAACAUCCGCAGCCUGCUUGCACAGACGCCCCUGCAUGUGGCCGCAGAGACAGGGCACACGAGCACCGCCAGGCUGCUCCUGCAUCGGGGUGCCAGCAGGGAGGCCGUGACCUCAGAGGGCUUCACUGCCCUGCACCUGGCUGCCCGGAACGGGCACCUGGCGACCGUCAAGCUGCUGGUGGAAGAGAAGGCUGACGUGCUGGCUCUGGGGCCCCGGAACCAGACGGCGCUGCACCUGGCCGCGGCCGGCGGGCACACGGAGGUGGUGGAGGAGUUGGUCAGUGCCGACGUGCUCAACCUGUCUGAUGAGCAGGGGCUCAGUGCCCUGCACCUGGCCGCCCGGGGCAGACACGCCAAGACGGUGGAGACGCUGCUCAAGCACGGGGCGCACGUCAACCUGCAAAGCCUCAAGUUCCAGGGCAGCUACGGCCCUGCCGCCACGCUGCUCCGGCGAAACAAGACCUAGCUCGCCGCCCUUGGAAACUGGGGCCCCAUGCAGGGUUCUGGUCCCAUCGUCAUGAUUCACGGUGGGGACAGAAAGAUGCCGUGCUGGCCAGCAACCCUCACCUUGUUGAUGGCCCGGUGGCACGUCAGCCGAACAGGCCAUCAAGAGGGUCCUGACUCUGGACGCGUGCCAGGAGUCUGUCUGUGCGGGUUACCCUCCAAAUGAAGGUGGUUAAACGGUGCUGAUCCGUCCACCCAUCAGUGAGUGUGUGCCCAGUGUCCGAGGCACGAUGGGUGGAAAUCAUUUCACUGUGGUCCUGCCUCUGAGGCAGGCCCCUCGGUGACAGUCACGGGCGCUGUCCAGUCCGCUGUGUCCCGAGUGGAGCCUCCGGGGCGCCCCAGCCUGAGGAUGCAGGGGCGGGAGGAGCUGUGUGUUUCAUGUCCAUUUACAGCGGCCAACGAAGCAGAUCGUUUCGGAGUGUGUCAGUGGGAUUCUUGUGUUACGAACACCCUCAGUAGGCGAGCACAGCAUCAACUGUUCCUGUAAACCUCCUAAAAACAUUCGUAGCAUCUGAUAGUCUGGCCUGUGCAUGUUGUGUAAAAACUGAUACUGUUUGUUGGUCAAAGCUGAUAAGUUUCCACCUCUGACCCUGAAAUUGCAUCUCCGUCAUUCCUUGGGACAACAUGCCUUCCAGCGGGCCUGUUGCUGUCAUUCAUGUCUUAUUGCAUAAAAUGUGUUUUGAAUCCUGGAGCCAAAUAUGCAAGAGGCAUUUAAAAAUUCGCCUGUCACCUCAGUUUCGUACUCAGAACAGUAUUACCUAGUUGGGUGAACCUCCUCACUUGUCUUCUUCCCGGCUGCCAUGUUGGGGGUCUCAGACAGGCUUUCUGACCUGCCUGCAGACCUCGAAGCUGGGUAACCCGCAAGACAGCCCCAGGAGACCAGCCGACGCUCUCGGCUCUAAAAGAUGCGGUGACCUAGCCCUGUUCACCCUGUCAUAGGCACUCCAUGUGGCAGGCCCCCCCAACUUUGUUAUGAGAGUGCAUUUGCCGCGGGAGAUGGUUCUGUUUGCGAACGUGACUUGUGCUGUAUGAUACAGAGAUUGAUAUUAAUAUACCAUGUAUAUUAAUGUGAGUCUGUGGGCUGGAUAUGUCUUUUCUAUGACAAGAAAUACCCAGACUGCUUAGAACUGGCUAUGUUUUAAUAUGCCUCGUGCUUUCCCUAUGACGUGCUCUAUUUUAAAGAUUGCUUGUAACACAAAAGCUUGGACGUAAAUAAAUAAAGCUAUGUUGU